AUGGCUUUCCUGGAGGAUGGGAACCACACUGCAGUGACAGAGUUCAUUUUAUUGGGAUUGACAGAUGACCCGGUUCUCAGAGUCGUCCUCUUCAUUAUCAUCCUGUGCAUCUACCUGGUGACUGUGUCUGGGAACCUCAGCACCAUCCUUCUCAUCAGAGUCUCUUCCCAGCUCCAUCAUCCCAUGUACUUUUUUCUCAGUCACUUGGCUUCUGUUGACAUAGGCAUGUCAUCUUCUGUCACACCCAAUAUGCUUGUCAAUUUCCUGGCUAGUCAAAGCACCAUCUCCUACCUUGGAUGUGGCAUCCAACUCAGCUCAGCUGAUUUCUUUGGGUCAGUCGAAUGUUUCAUUCUGGCUGCCAUGGCUUAUGAUCGAUUCAUAGCAAUCUGCAACCCACUGCUAUAUUCAGUCAAAUUGUCCGCACAGGUCUGUGUCCUUUUGGUCAUGGGAUCUUAUGUAGGGGGAUUUCUUAAUGCUUUCUUUGCUAUAGUUUACUUUUUCUCUUUUAUUUUUUGUGGACCAAAUAGAAUCAAUCACUUUUUCUGUGAUCUUGCUCCUGUGAUGGAACUCUCUUGUUCUGAUGUCACUGUCUUUGUAGUUGUUACCUCAUUUUCAGCUGGCUCAGUUAUUAUGAUCACCGUGUUUGUCAUAACGAUCUCUUAUUCCUAUAUCCUCAUCACUAUCCUGAAGAUGCAUUCCACUGAGGGUCGCCAGAAGGCCUUCUCCACCUGCACCUCCCACCUCACUGCAGUCACUCUCUACUAUGGCACCAUCACAUUCAUUUAUGUGAUGCCCAAGUCCAGCUACUCCACAAACCAAAAUAAGGUGGUCUCUUUGUUCUAUAUGGUGGUGAUCCCCAUGUUAAACCCACUCAUCUACAGCCUGAGGAAUAAGGAGAUGAAGGAUGCACUGAAGAGACAGCUUGAGAUUGAAGAACCCUGAAGAAAAGGUGAGGAAGACUGUAGGAAUCAGAGGGGAUGAAGGACACCAGAAGAAUAUGGCUCACCAAAUCAACUAAGCAUGACUCACAUUGGCUCACAGUGACUGACAUGGCAAGCACAUGGCCUGCAUGGGUCUGUACGUGAAAUGUUAUGACUGUUAUCAUGAUUUUGUGGUUCUCCUAACAGUGGGAACAGGUAUAUCUCUGACUCCUUUGCCUGUACUUGUGACUCUUCAUGAUUUGGUAGGAGGGCAGGGAAGAGAAAA